UUCCAUGAAGUAUGAAGGGAAUAUUGUGUGCAAUUAUUGCGAAAUCUACUUGAAAGCACAGCAUAGACUGCAGGGCUGGGAGCGUUCCCAUGGUAACUGCAUUCUUGAGCAACAAUGAAAACAGCCAUGAAUCUACUCUCUAAAGCGUGGGAGAGAAAGGGAAGAAACAAAGUGGAUCUGCAACACAUGCAGUGGACACAUACAGCACGUCGUCAACUGAAGCCAUGAGAAGAAAAAUGACAUUUUUUCAGUUUUGGGGAAGUGAAAAGGAGCAACAUGAUGAACUGAUAAUGAGAGCCAGUCAGCGGAAGCUUGUACCUUCACAGCCGACCAAGUGGCCAAACAGUGGACUUGCAGGAAUGCAGAAUGCCAGGAUAGGGCCACUGCUGCCUCCUCUUGGUACGGAGGUCUUCCGGCACUUUACCGCAGUCUCGCUGGAGGAAAUCCAGCAACGGCUUGGAGAGAAGAAAAAAAAAGAGAGAAGAGAAGAUGACAAUAUGGAGGUGACACAAGAACAUCGGAAUCCGGCAGGUGACUUGGAGAGUGGAAAGCUCCUCCCAUCCAUCUAUGGGGAACCACCCCUUGAGUUUGUCACCACCCCACUUGAGGAUCUGGACCCCUUCUACCAAUCCCAGAAGACGUUCCUUGUGCUCAGUAAAGGAAAGACCAUCUCCAGAUUUAACGCUGAUCCUGCUUGUUACCUGCUGAGUCCUUUCAACCUCGUGAGGACGACUGCCAUCAAGAUCCUCCUUCACUCAUUCUUUCGUCUUUUCAUCCUGCUGACGGUUGUGAUCAAUUGUGUCCUGAUGACCAUGACCAAGCCUCCAGCAUGGAGCAAGUGUGUCGUAUACACCAUUAUUGCUAUCUACGCUUCUGAAAUGCUCAUCAAAGUGGCGGCUCGAGGUUUGUGUGUGGGCCGCUUCACCUUCCUGAGAAAUCCAUGGAACUGGUUGGACGUGAUGGUCAUCGCCACGGCAUAUCUGACAGCAAUGCUGGAUUCAGGAACGCUUUCUGUGUUCCAAGUUCUUCCAGCACUAAAGAUCAUCCCGUUGAUACCUGGUUUGAAGGCAACGAUUGGAGCGCUUGUCCAGUCCCUGAAGAAGCUGACCAGCAUCACCAUCCUGACCAUCCUCUUCCUCAGUGCCUUUGCUUUGGUUGCUCAGCAGCUCUUCAUGGGGACGUUGAGGCAAAAAUGCGUCCUGAUGCCCACUCAGCCCUUUAGAAACCUCUCAGCAGCUGAAAACCUCACCAGUGACUUUGAUUUUGACAAGUACAUCAACAACCGAGCCAACCAUUACUACCUGCCUGGAAGCAACGAUGCUCUGCUGUGCGGAAACUCUUCUGAUGCUGGGUUGUGUCCAGAGGGUUUUCUCUGUUUGAAAACGGGAGGGAACCCUAACUGGGGCUACACCAGCUACGAUUCCUUCGGUUGGGCUUUCCUGGCUCUGUUCAGACUGAUGACUCUGGACUUCUGGGAGAACCUGAUGGAGCUGACUUUGAGAGCAGAUGGUAAAAGCUACACAGUCUUCUUCGUGGUGGUCAUCGUAUUGGUCUCCUAUCACCUGGUGGCUCUUAUUGUGGCGGUGAUGGCCAUGGCGUAUGCUGAGCAGAGGCAGGGCGUGAUGGCUGAAGCCAAGCAGAAGCACCAAGAGUAUGAUGCCAUGAUUGACAAGCAGGAGGCAGCUGGCAGUGCUUGUCCCUCCGAGAAGCAUCAUUCAUCAGCAGAUGAAAAAAGUCCAAAGCAAGAGCAAAGAGCGCAGGAAGAUCAAAGACCACGUUUACCAUGCUGCUAUGCUUCCACCGACGUCUUUCUCAAGUGGAACUGUUGUGGUUGUUGGCGGUGGUGCAAGCUGCGUCUCCACCAUUUCGUCAUGGACCCGUUCUUCGACCUUGCCAUCACCGUGUGCGUCAUCCUGAACACCGUCUUCAUGGCCAUGGAGCAUUAUCCCAUGUCGUGGGAGUUUGAAGCCAUGCUAAGUCAGGCAUAUCUGGUCUUCACAGCCAUCUUUACAGCUGAGGUGCUCAUCAAGCUUCUGGCAAUGGGUCCCUACCUCUACUUCCAGGUGGGCUGGAACAUUUUUGACAGCGUCAUCGUUACCUUCAAUCUGCUGGAGCUGUUCCUGGAUUUGGGUCAGGCCAGGCUCUACCUAGUGAUGAGAGUGUUUAAAUUGGCCAAGUCCUGGCCAACCUUCAACAUUUUGAUAAAGACCACUGGGAAGUCUGCGCUGGCUUUGAGACACGUAAUUCUGCUUCUAGCCUUCGUGGUCUUCACCUUCUCUGUGCUUGGCAUGCAUCUGUUUGGAAACGACUACAAGGCCUACGUGUGCCGCAUUUCAAUGGACUGCACGCUUCCUCGCUGGCACAUGAGCGAUUUCUUCCACGCCUUCCUCCUGGUCUUCAGAGUCAUUUGUGGAGAGUGGAUCGAGACGUUGUGGGAUUGCAUGGAUGUGGCGGGUCAGACCCGCUGCCUGAUCAUCUACAUGAUCUUGUUGGUAGUUGGAAAACUGCUGGUCUUAAAUCUCUUCCUGGCCUUUUUGAUAAGAUCAUCCAAUAGAGGUCACCAGGAAGGAGAACCCAAUCUGUACAUUGCCAUCCACCGGAUUACCAAGGCUGUCAUCUUGACAAAGUCCUGGCUCCUAAGACACCCGUGGUUGGGAAAAAAAAAGCAUCUUUGUCGAAAUCCUCCUGAAUUUAGCAACGAUGACGCCGCCCACAAGGAGUUUUUAGCGCUGACCUUUGGAAGCCCAGAAGAACCACCAUCGCAGCGUGAGGAGUCGUCACAGCAGAAACAAGCUGACGUCCAGGUUGAUGAUGACGAUGCUGCCGAGUGCUCAGAUAUGAAGACUUCUCAGGGUGGAAGAAGAAUCUGCUUGAAUGUGAGACGAGCGUGUGCGUGCCUGCUAGAAAAUAAAUAUUUUGAAGGCUUCGUCACGUUCAUGAUCCUGCUGAGCAGUGGAGCUCUGGUAUUUGAAGACAUCUACUUGGAGAAGCGAUUGCUGAUAAAGACCAUUCUGGAGUACGCAGAGCGCGUGUUCAUCUUUGUGUUUGUGGUGGAGCUCCUUCUGAGAUGGUUUGCUGAUGGAUUUCGAAAGUUCUUCACCAAUCCCUGGUGCUGGCUGGAUUUCCUUGUUGUUGGCACGUUCCCGGGGCUCCUGACUGCCAACGCCCUGGGCUUUUCACCCCUAGGAGCUAUCAAGUGUCUGAGACCUCUGAGGGUUUUGUGUCGCUUUGAAGGCAUGAAGGUGGCGCUGAAAACUCUGUUUGGGGCCAUCCCAUCCUGCUUGGAUGUGUUGCUCGCUUGUCUGACUUUGUGCUUGGUCUUUGCCAUCGUAGGAGUGAAUUUGUUUGCCGGAAAGUUUCAUUACUGCUUCAACGCCACAAGUAAUGAGGUGUUUCACAGCUCACAAGUCAAUAACAAGAGCGAGUGUCUCAUGCUGGUCCAAGAAAACUUCACUGAAGUCCGCUGGAUCAAUCACAAAGUCAACUUUGACAACGUGCUGAUGGCCUAUCUCGCGCUCCUGCAAGUGGCAACAAUUAAAGGAUGGCUGGACUUGAUGUACGCAGCCAUGGACACCACACGGAUUGAGUCGCAGCCAGAGUAUGAGAUGAGUGUGUACAUGUCCCUCUACUUUGUCUUCUUCAUCAUCUUUGGAUCCUUCUUGACUUUAAACUUCCUGGUUGGCGCCAUCAUUGAGCACCUCAAACAGCACAAAGACAAGUUGGGAGGAUCAGGGGUUUUCCUGACACAGGAGCAGACCAAAUACUACGAGGCCAUGAAGGCAGGAACCCACAGGAGAACCGAGAGGCCUGUUCCCCGCCCAAAGAACAAACUUCAGGCCCUGAUCUUUGACCUGGUGACCUCACCUACCUUUGAAAUCUUGGUCAUGGUGGUCAUUUGCCUCCAAGUGGUGGCCUUGAUGGUGGAGACAGACAACCAGAGCAUGGAAAAGGAAGUUGUUGUCUACUGGGUCUACUUUGCCUGCUUGGUGUUCUUCACAGUUGAGUUUGUCGUGAAGGUGGUGGCACUGCGCCAGCACUACUUUCUAUCUGGAUGGAACAUCUUCGACUUUGUCAUUCUCGUCCUGUCCAUCCUGGGUGCCUUCCUGGCAGACCUUGUCGAAAAGUAUUUUGUCUCACCCGGACUCUUCAGGGUGCUUCGCUUGAUUCGUAUUGGCCGAAUCCCUCGUCUAAUCCGUGGAGCCCGUGGCAUCCACAGACUGCUUUUUGCCUCCAUGAUGUCGCUUCCUGCACUUUUUAACAUGGCGCUCCUCCUUAUGCUCUUCAUGUUCGUAUUCGCCAUCUUGGGCAUGAACAGCUUUGCUUACGUGAGAAAAGGAGCCAUGAUGACUGACACGUUUAACUUUGAAACCUUUGGGAACAGCAUGAUCUGCAUGUUCACCAUCACUACAUUAGCCGGAUGGGACGGUCUCCUCGCUCCCAUCAUGAACACACCCCCAGACUGCGACCCGCUGGCUGAAAACCCUGGAACGCCCGUGACAGGCGACUGCGGUAGCCCCGUGGCGGGCAUGAUCUUCUUCAGCUUCUACAUCAGCCUGACUUUCCUGGUGAUGAUCCACAUGUGCAUCAUCAUCAUCAUGGAAAACUUCAACAUAGCUGCUGAGCAGAGCGCUCUUGAGGCCUGCAAGAUGGACCUUGAGAUGUUCUAUGAAACCUGGGAGAGGUUUGACCCAGAAGCCUCACAGUGUAUCCACUACAGCAAACUGUCAGAUUUCUGUGAUGCUCUGCAAGAACCGCUGAGGAUUCCCAAACCAAACAGCAUCAAACUUGUCAGCAUGGACCUGCCUCUGCUUCCUGGGGACACGAUUCACUGUGCGGACGUCCUUCAGGCCCUCGCUGCCCAGGUGCUGGAAGAGCCAUCAGAGAUGGACAAUCUAAAAGCUACCAUGGAGGGAAAGUUGAUGGCCCACUUUGGAUCAAAGCCGGGACCUGACGAACGGGUCAGCAGCACUCUGACAAGGAAACAGGAAGACGUCGCUGCGAGCGUCAUCCAGAGAGCCUACAGGAAACACGUAUCGCACAGCGCACUCAAAAUGGCCGCCACUCCCAGAGAGAAGAUGGCAGAUGAAGCGGAUGGUCUUCCAUCAGCUGCACGGAGAUGAAAAGCAGACGAUCAGCGUUGGAGGUCCAAUGGAGGCACUGUCCUCCUAAUCAUCAUCAGGAGCGCAGAAGAUGGAAUUUAUGGAAGCUUUUUUCUAUCAACUAUUUGAUGAACUCCAUUUCACUCCAAUAUUACGGACAAUCACCAUCUAACACAUAACAUAUAUACUAAUAUCAGAAUAAUUAUUAUAAUGAUUUGUAUUAUUUACAAUCAUCCUCUAUUACAGUGGUCCCCAAUCUUUUUUGACCCACGGACUGGCUUGUGUUACCACAAAUCUCCCGCAGACCGGAGGGGGAGGGGGAGGGUUCGUGUCACGCCGUGAACUUGGUUGGACCCAAAAAGGCAGCAAGAAAGAAGAAAAAAGGGCUAACAACAAAAAUCUAUGGUGCAGGGCAAACAGUAACAAAAUAGCACCACGAAGGAAGGGAACCGAACAUAAAGACUACCAAACUCCAAACGGGAGGGCUAACUGGCAGAAGCUACCAAGCUGGCAGGAAGGCAAUAAAACAAGACAGUAUAUAUCUACCGUGUAAGUUAAGGAUGAAGACAGGCAGCAAGAAUGCGUCUGGAAAGAUGACGAUGGCUUGUGGCGUGAGUCCAUGAAGGUCAAUCAAACAACGCCUUCCUGCUGCCACAGGUGUGAAUAUAAAGAGGCAGCUCUGAUGAGGAACACCUGUGGCUCGUUCGGUAGCUUCACCCAUCAAGGUGGCCCUACAAUGAGAAACACCUGAGAAACCAAACCCAAAACAAACAGAGACCAAUAAGUAGCUUACCUGCAGCACCAGAGUGGUGUCACUGCAAAGCGUGAAAGGUUCGUACAUUAUAGCAAUCUAAUUUAUCUUAUUUAUUAUGUAUUGUGUAAAACUAAGACAUGAAUAACAUCAAAUUAAAAGCACAAAAUGAAUGGCGACCCACCAUCCACCUGUUCAAGUUCCAGCCAAGUUUUUCCAGAGAGAUGAUGACAUGGCUGUUUGACGUGUGGUAAAAGGCAGUGUGCUAGCAUGAAUUAACUUGAGACAAACGUGCACAUUAGCACCUUAGCAUUAGCAAGUCAUCAAAACUUACCUUCAUGCAUUCCCACAUAGUAUCAGCAUUUGACACCAAAUAUGAGGUGAAAGAAAGAUGGUACAAAUACAGUAGUAGUCUAUCUGUGCGGCAUGAGAUAAAGUUAGCACACCCACAAGGGACAUGCGUCAAGUGAGACGGAUGUAACAGAGAGACUCCGGCCACUUUUCAAAAUAAAACAUUUAAAAAAAAAUGAAAUAAUGAAAAUUAUUUUUUCUUUCUCUGCGGUCUGGUACCAAAUGACCCAUGGCCCGGGGUUUGGGGACCACUGCUCUAACACAUGGAACACAUAUACCAACAUGUAUACAGUACUAGUACUACAAUCAUUUAACACAUAUAACACACAUAUAUAUAUAUAUAUAUAUAUACUAAUAAGACUAAUAAUGAUUAUUGAUAUAAUCAUUAUCAGUAUGAUUAUUGAAAUGAUGGUAUAACAUGACCUACCAUACAGUAUGUGGAGUAUACAAGUGUCAUGAAUAAAAGAAGCAUCUUGAUGUCAGUGAUUGUUUGUCCUGU